AAGGAAAUAAACAUUUUCCACAUCCAGUUAAGGAAUCUUAAAAUGUUAAAAGAAAAAAAAAAACUUGCAUAUAAUUUAAAAUAAAUAAAUCAAAUAAUUUUAAAAUAAAUCUGUAAGGCCAAAUUCUGUGAGAGUGUCGUGAAGAAACUGUGAGAGGCUGCGAUGUGUUUUGGAAGAUGUAUGGCUUGGGUAAUGGUGCUAGAGAGCGAUCCGAGGGUUGAUUGGGAUAAAGAGAUGGGAAGAGCGAGUUGGAGGCGGAGGGAAGUUUCCAUCUCUGCGGGGACUGAAGUGUUCAUGCCUAGGGCCAGCUCUGGCUAACAUUCAACCCAGCCCUCCGCAGCAAGCGUGCAACAAAACCAGCAGACUAUUCGAAGACGAUUGUCUUCAGUCGCCAUACCGCCCGAGAGCCGCCUCUUCCCGGAUUCACUCUCCUUCUUAUCGCCGAUAUUGUCUGGACGUCUUUGAAGACCGCUCUGUAGAACAGAGGAGCAGUGAACUGAGAUCUAGCCUGGUGUUUUCCAGCCGAGAAUGAACGGAACUAUGGAGUUGUCUGAAGAAGUCAUUCCUGUCCAGGAAGAAGCUUCACAAAACUGGCCCAAAGAGGACCUGCUGAGCUUGCUAGAGAGCAUGAGAAUCAACCUUCCCCAGAAUGACCUGACCAAAUUCAAAACUGCAGAGUCACAUCUGGACUGGAACAAGGUGGCAUUCAACCAGUACACAGGAGACAUGUGCAAAGAGAAAUGGCUUGAGAUUUCUCAUGAGGUGCGGAAGUUCCGCACGCUGUCGGAAAUCAUCUUAGACGCUCAGGAUCAUGUGAAGAACCCCUACAAGGGCAAGAAGCUCAAGAAACAUCCUGAUUUCCCAAAGAAACCCCUGACUCCCUACUUCCGCUUCUUCAUGGAGAAAAGAGCAAAGUAUGCCAAACUGCACCCAGAGAUGAGCAACCUGGAUCUCACCAAGAUCCUGUCCAUGAAGUACAAGGAACUGCCAGACAAGAAGAAGAUGAAAUACAUGCAGGACUUUCAGAGGGAGAAGGAAGAGUUUGAACGCAAUAUGGCAAGAUUUAGGGAUGAGCACCCUGACCUGAUGGAGAACUUUAAGCGCUCGGACAUCCCGGAAAAACCCAAAACUCCCCAGCAACUCUGGUAUAGUCACAAGAGGAAGAUCUACUUAAAAACACACCCUGAUGCCACGACCAAGGAUAUCAAAGAAGGCCUGGGCAAGCAGUGGUCCCAGCUGCCUGACAAGAAGAGGCUGAAGUGGAUCACAAAGUCUCUGGAGCAGCAGAAGCAGUAUGAGGAGGUGAUGCGAGGGUACAUCCAGCAGCACCCGGAGCUCAACAUGAGCCAGGAGCGCAUCACCAAGUCCACCCUGACCAAGGCUGAGAGACAGCUGAAGGACAAGUUUGACGGCAGACCCACCAAGCCCCCUCCGAACGGUUACUCCAUGUACUGUGCCGAGCUCAUGUCCAACAUGAAGGACGUCCCCAGCACCGAGCGCAUGGUGAUGUGCAGCCGGCAGUGGAAGCUGCUGGCCCAGAAAGAGAAGGACGGCUUUCAGAAGCGCUGCGAGCAGAGAAAAAAGGCGUAUGAAAUUGAGAUGAACCGGUUCUUAUGUAGUCUCUCAGAGGAGGAGCAGCAGCGUGUGUUGGGAGAGGAGAAGAUGCAGGGCUUCAACAAGAAAGGUGCUGGCAACCCUCCCUCCAAGAAGAACUCCAUCUCCAAGGGGAGCUCGGACAAACCCAAGCGACCGAUCUCUGCCAUGUUCAUCUUCUCAGAGGAGAAGCGGCACAAGCUGCAGGAGGAGCGUCCCGAGUUGGCAGAGAGCGAGGUGACAAGGCUGCUGGCCCGCAUGUGGAAUGACCUGUCUGACAAGAAGAAGGUAUGCAUGGCAGCGUCCGAGAUCGGCAGGGGGUGCUUCUCAGAGGCUGCCAGGCAGAGCCGGACAUUCUGGUUCUUUAGCUAUUUUGAAAUGAUUUCUUUGGGAUUAGUCAACUGAGAUGCAAGUGCUAUGUUUGUAGGAAGCAAUAUGACACGUUACAACUUAAAGACAAAAUUAUAUUUGUGACGCUAGAGUCCAAAAUUUACUGGUUAUGAAGGCUGUGCGGACAGUACGGAGUAACCAAUAGGUCUUCCAUUGCAAAAACUGGGAGUGUCCAGUGGCAAGCUCUUUAAUAAUUUAUAGCUCAUUGAGUUCUGAAAGAUGGCCCUUUUAAUUUGGAGGUUGAGUGUCCCAUUUAAGGCUGUUAAUGUGUUACAGCAAAUCCUGCAGUAUGCACAACAAUUGCAUUACUUUACUAUACCUUUGCUGUAUCUCAAGUUGUCUAUCACAGCAAUUUAGUUAUUGAUGGGCUUGAGAUUAGAGCUACAUCUAAAGUCAAAAAUCUAUGUAAAUUUGACUAUGCGUUGUCUUUUGAGGCCCAGGUUAGAAAUACCUGCAGAGUAUCUUUUUUUUUCAUCUACAAAAUAUCACUCGCCUUAGAUCAUCUUUGUUGCAGAGAAACUGAUACAUGCCUUUAUUUCAUCGAGAAUUGACUACUGUAUUGCCUUGCUUGUGGCUAUUUCCACUAAUGUUCUUAACAGGUUGCAAUACGUUCAUAAUUCUGCUGCUCGAGUUUUAAUAAGAAAAAGAAAGCAUGAUCACAUAACACCGGUGUUAGCAACUCUGCACUGGUUACCAGUUAAAUAUAGAAUUGACUAAGAUCUUACUGUUGAUCUUCAAGGUCUUGACUAGCCUGGGUCCAUCUUGCACCAAGGAUCUGCUUUCCUGCUACAUUCCCCAACGCAGCUUGUGGUCUGGCAAAAAUGAUCUCCUACGAACUAUGGGAGAUCGUGCCUUUUGCUCUGUGGCCCCUCUUCUUGAAAGGCAGUUCCAGAGGUCUGACAGGGACUCGAGUCUGUCUCAAAAAUCGUGCCUCAAGACACAUUUUUAUACACUGGCUUACUGCACUGCAUAGUUUUUAUUGUAUUGUU